AUGACUGGCUCCAACCACACUGGUGUUAACCAUAUGGUCUUCUAUCUGCUGGGCAUUCCAGGCCGGGAAGACCUACACAUGUGGAUUUCCAUCCCCUUAUUCAUCUCCUAUGUCUUUGCUCUCCUGGGGAAUGGUCUGCUCAUCUUCAUAAUCCUCAACAAGGGUCGCCUCCAUGAACCUAUGUAUCUUUUCCUCAGUAUGCUGUCUGGACUUGACAUUGUCUUUGCUACCACCACACAACCCAAGGCACUGGCCAUUUUCUGGUGCAAUCACAGGGAAAUUUCUCUGAACGGCUGCAUUGCCCAGCUCUACUUCCAGCAUACCUUCUUCAUCUCGGAGUCAGGCAUCUUACUGAUUAUGGCAUUCGACCGCUACAUUGCCAUAUGUUACCCUUUGAGAUACACUACGAUUCUCACCCACUCCGUUAUUGGGAAAAUUGCUGCGGCCAUUUGUACCAGAGCACAUUGUAUAAUUUUCCCCUGUAUAUUUCUUCUGAAGAGGCUAACUUUUUGUAAAACUAACAUCCUUCCACAUACAUUCUGUGAACACAUUGGCUUGGCCAAGUACGCCUGCGAUGACAUCCGCAUAAAUAUCUGGUAUGGGUUUUUUGUCUUAAUGUCCACUGUUAUCUUAGAUAUGGUUCUCAUUUUGGCUUCCUAUGCGCUGAUUCUCCAUGCUGUCUUUCGCAUUCCUUCGGAAGAAGCUCGCCACAAAGCUCUCAACACAUGUGGCUCCCAUGUCUGUGUCAUUGUCUUAUUUUAUGCGCCUGCAAUAUUCUCUGUUCUCACACAGCGCUUUGGACGCCACAUACCUCUACAUGUUCACAUCUUGCUGGCCAACAUCACCAUGGUUGCCCCACCUAUGUUGAAUCCCAUCAUUUAUGGGGUCAAGACUAAGCAGAUUAGAGAACAAUUUCUUUAUUUGUUUUUUCCAAAGCAGAAAUGA